UGAACAUUUCACACUACAUUCCCCUGCUUAGUACAGAGAGAUGAAUUUGAAUCUUUUCUUAUGGACGAUGUUCCUUUUGACUGUCUAUCAUCACUUAUUAUCCGAAAAUGUAGCUUUCGGCCAAGAUGUUACAGAUGACGUAAACCUUGGAAAUGGAACUCAGAGAACAACACCAGACGAUGACGAAGAUGAUGAUGAUGAUGACAAUAAGGAAAAUGAAAACGAUGCUGAUACAACUGACGAUGGUGUUGAUGAUGAUAAUAGCAGUGAUGAUGACCAAAAUGAUGACGUUGACAGUAAUGAGAAUGAUAAUGAUGAUGAUGAGGAGGAGGAGGAGGAGGAGGAGGAUGACAGAGAAAACAAUGUGAAGAAGACAGCCAACCCACCUCCUUCUUAAACCUUCAAAUAAUCCCGGGUUGAUAUCCUCUGUUUGUUUCACUUCGUAUUGUCUAUUCGAUUAUCUGGUGCAUUGGAAUGCGAACUGUAUGUAGUGAUAUUUCAACUUAAAAAUUUUUAUUGGAUAUUCAAAACAAUAAAUAUUUGGUCGA